CUCUCUCUCUCUCUCAGUACCGUUUCUUCCUUACUUUUCUUUGUGGUCAGUAGUUAAAGAAAAAAAGCUUCAGCUGCUUUGCAGAAAUGGAGAAAGAUGUUGUCAAGAGGGUGAGUGGAUGGAUCAAGGGUCAGGUGAAAUAUUACAUUUGCUUCUGUAAGGUGGCCUUAUUCAUCACAGCUGCGGUUUACUGCCUCAACGUUGUGAAUUAUAACGUAGCGAGUGUCCUGGUGACAUACUUCACUGCUACUUUGAACAAAGACACCAUACGCAGAUCAGCACUACUUGUGAAUGUGCGGGAGUGGCUACAAAUAGUGGUGAGAGCGUGGGGCUAUUCCAGAAGGUCUAAUUUUAGAAAGAUUAUUAUCUUUUCAACUGCUUCCUUCAGUCUGAGUCUAAUGAUGUUAUACCUAUCAGCCUCAAACCGAAUUCCAGAGACCAAUUUUGGACUAUACAUGUUUCUUUCUGUUCCAAUAGCAAUUGGUAAAUUUGGAGGAGUGCCUUUCUUAAAAACAUUUCUUUUGGAUGAGUUAAUAGCUGGCUCUGAAAACAUACCAGAUAUCGAUCGUAAUGGAGCACGGUGGCUUAUAAAUAUAUGGUUGUCCCCAGCUGGGUUCUUGUUUGUGUUUUUCACUCCCUUAAAUUUCGAUGAAUCUUGGCCAAGAUUGUUCUUGAAUUCAAUGUGUAUGAUAGGAGCUGCUGGCUUCUUUUCCUUGGGGGCCACUUGCCUCUCCCAUCAGAGACAUCCCAGCACAAAAACUGAGAGCACCAAAAGGCAUCUCAAGUACCCUGAUACUUCUGAUGCGUAUUGCCUCAAAAAGGAUCAAGAAACUCUUCCUCCUGAUCAGCCCUUCAAGAACGAUGGAAAUCAACUGCCCGAAUCAUCACCGACUGCUGGUGCAGAAGCACAACAGAAAAGCUCACCACUUUGUUCUGUGAAACAAGGAAAUGUAGCAAAGCUUCUUCUAAGAAUGAUUCCUAUGUGGAGUGCUUUUAUCGUGUUUGGUCUGGCAAUGUCAACUGCAAACACUUUCUUUAUUAUGCAAGAUGACAACAUGGAGGCUCAUCCAAUCACUACUACUAGUUUCCUUUUAGGUAAGGACGUGUUAAAGGAGGUUGUAGCAUAUCUGUGUAAGCUCCUGGUGUCAAGUUGGAUCUCUAAAAGCCAACAAAAUCUUGCUCUCAAAAUGAUAAUUUGUCUUGGAAUGAUGUUUUCUGUAUUAUGCCCUAGUUUUGCAUGGCAAGUUGAAGUUCAGAGAUUGAAAAUAGCUCACGAAAGGGGAUUAGUAGGCAUGUCAGAAGACACAAAAGUGCCCAUGAGUGACUCGUGGCUGGCUCCCCAAUUCUGCCUGUGGGGACUUGCGGAAGGGCUUGCUAUAAGUGGGCUGGACGAGUUCUUCAGGUAUCAUGUUUCAAAAUCUAUGGAGGACUAUGGAUCAGAGGUAUUCAAUACCAUUCCUAUUGUGAUCGGUAGCUUCCUCAGUUUAGUUUGUGUUUCAGCAUGUGGAGGGUGGUUUGGCAACACCUUAAACCAGAGUCGUUUGGACAAUUAUUACCGGAUGAUAACAGUCAUGGCUUGGAUAAACCUAUGUUGGUUCUUCUUCGUAUCAACAUUUUACUCAACAAAGGAGGAGGUGGCGGAUGAAGGUAUACAGCUACAAGAAAUCACAAUGGAAGUUAAUUUGGACAUUUCAACGCAGCUUCAAUCCAUUUUUAUCUCUUGAAGUGAGUAGUCAAUACCUAUGAGUUUGACAAACUAUUUUUUAUUUCUUUCGUGACAACAUGGUUAAUGUUGAAUAUCUUCAUUUUUAUUUUUUAUUUUUUUUUGUAAAUAUUAGAAUACAUUGAUGAAAUUGUAGACAGCUACUGCUCUUAUGUUAUACACUAUACAUAUCAUUACAAUCUAGUAGGGUAAAUGAUUCUCUUGUUAAUUUGAGACCUAUUAACAAUAUCAUUAUUAUUAUUA